AAAUGAUGUGUAGCAUUCACCUGACAGGAGACCACAGUGAUUUGCAUGUUGGGGCUGGGAUGGAUGCAACAAACGAGAGUAACGAUUUAAACAAAGCUCGUGAUAGGCCCUGCUUCAUUCGGCCUACCGGAUAAACAUCAUUUCCCUGGAUGAUACCCUCCCUGUAUGCAGUAAGAUGAAAAAGGUCUGUCGUGGCUUGCAUCACAUCAGUGAUUCAGCCCCUAUCACUUUCUCUGUUCUAUGAAGUCCACCCCCAAGGUGGCUAAUCGGACCGGUGUUUUCGCUGCUCGGCUCUUGCAUGCUUUUCAAUUAACUUCACACUUGUCAAAACACUUGCUUCUUUGAACAUUAUCUUGCGAAGGAGAAGCUGCGCAUCAUGGACAACUUUGACUGCGUGGUUGUCGGGGCAGGGUUAUACGGUUUAGCCGCUGCGAAGCAGUUUCAUGUGACGCAGCCAACCAAGUCGCUGGCCAUUUUCGACAGCCAAUCUUCUUUGGGUGGCACGUGGGCUGAUGAGCGUUUGUACCCCGGGCUAAACAGCAACAACCUUCUGGGCACAUAUGAGUAUCCAGACUUUCCUAUGAGCAGUGCUUCAUUCCCUGUAAAGUCUGGGAAACACAUCAGUGGAAACGCCAUCAAUACCUAUUUGAAGGCAUACGCGGCUCAUUUUGGUAUUGCGAACUUAAUCCGUCUCGAGACUAGGGUACUCAGCGCUGAACAUCAGGAGACCCUUGACGGAGGCUGGAUUCUCACGAUUGACGAUCCUCAAAAUGCUAAGAAUCAGUCGAAGAUCUUUGCACGUCGCCUCAUCAUUGCUACUGGCUUGACCUCGGACGCGUUCAUGCCACGUUUCAAGGGACAGGAAAGCUUCGACGGCAAACUCUUCCACGGGAAAUAUUUCCAACAGAAUCGCGAUACCCUAACGGCCAAGACUGUGACCGUCUUCGGAGCAUCCAAAUUCUCUUGGGAUACGGUUUACGCUUACGCUACAGCGGGCGCCAAGGUCAACUGGGUUAUCAGAUCCGAGGGUCACGGCCCAUGUUGGAUCGCACCCCCUUAUGUGACGCCCUUGAAACGCUGGUUAGAGAAGCUGGCGAAUACUCGCUUCUUGACGUGGUUUAGCCCAUGUAUAUGGGGUGACGCAGACGGGUAUUCUGGUAUACGUGCAUUCUAUCACGGUACAGCCUUUGGCCGAUCCAUCGUGAACACGUUUUGGAAAAUUCUAGGGAACGAUGUGCUUACGCUGAAUAAUUACGAUGCACACCCGGAUACCGCCAAGCUCAAACCAUGGACUCAAGCUAUGUUUACUGGCUCAAGUUUCAGUAUCCUCAACUAUGAGCAGGAUAUCUUUGAGCUCGUCAAAAGCAACAAGGUUGACGUUUACGUUGGUGAGAUUAGCCAUCUGAGUCCUCGACGAGUCCACCUGGUCGAUGGUACUGAAUUUGAAUCUGAGGUAUUCGUAGCCAAUACAGGCUGGAAACACAUCCCGCCCAUCAAAUUCCUACCGGAAGGGAUCGAAAAGGAUCUCGGGAUUCCGUAUCAGCCACUUACUGAUGACGAAACUCCAUAUGGUAAACUAGGGCUCCAAGCAGAUCAAGAUAUCUUGCAGCGCUUCCCACGGCUAAAAACACCACCGGUAUGGAAUCGAAACUACGUGCCAUUGACGCACGGAAAGGGGAUCGAGAGCAGAGACGAGGAGCCCCCAGCGCUCACGCCAUACAUGCUAUACCACUUCCUCAUACCUGCAUCUGUCCGCUUCCUUCGCACUCGCGACAUCGCCUUCGCUGGAAUCAUGUCCAAUCUCAGCAAUGCCCCGACAGCUCAUAUCACUGGCUUGUGGAUCAGCGCGCACUUUUCUGGAAUGUUGGAAGUUGACCCAGCCAAGACGCUUGACGCCGGUGAUGACGGUACAUCCUUAGCCAAGAUCCAGUACGAAACGGUACUUUACAACCGCUGGGGUAGGUGGCGCUACCCAACAGACUGGGGUAACAAGAACCCCAACUUCGUCUUUGACGCUGUUCCCUACCUUGACUUAUUGCAGCAUGACCUGGGGUUGAAAUCUCACCGAAAGAAGGGCUGGUUCGCUGAGAUGGUGGAGCCGUAUGGGCCGGAGGAUUAUGCCGACAUCAAUAACGAGUGGGAGAGUAAGAACAAGGCUAUUUGAUUGGGCAACCCUAGAUGUGCAACCAUAUCCACACUAAACGUGCAGUGUACGUUUUGUUACUGUAUACAGCAUGCUGCAGUCAAGGGUGAAAUGGGUAUCGCGAAUUUGGUUAUAUGCUUGAGUAUCUCAACCAUUAUAGCAGGGUCACAAUUCUGGAUAAUAUCUCUAGCUUGGCAUAACAUGUGCAUCAAGCUCCAAGUACAAACUGUCAUCAAUGCCAUAAUAGCACUUAAUCAUGCCAAAUGUGCUAAUACUUACCGUAAGAUAACAGGCUGAGAUUACAGUACCACACCAGAUAUAAUUCUUAGAGAACAAC